ACUCUCGCGAUUUUGCUUUUAAAUUCUUGCUAAAUCUCUGCGGUUUCGUGCGGUCUGCGCUUUGUUUGAGGCUUCAACAACAGUUUCCCAAGACCAAAAUCAGAAAUUGAGGAGAUGUCUUCAGAAGGGACCAUGAGUGUAAUGGGGAGUGAGGUGAUGCCUUUGGAUUACGGGAGCAUGGAUUUGGAGAGCAGUCCAUCUCCAACUAGUUCGGAGAGGACAGUGGAGGAGAGGAGGGAGCAAAGGGUAGUAGAGGAGGAGGAAGAUGAGAUCCCCUCAAACAUUUUGGAGGCUGGGAGGCUUAGGUUUUCCAUUCCAGAAUUACUGGUUGGGUUAUUAUUAGAUUAUAGUAUAGGAAUAACCCAACUAACCCCAAAUGCCAUAAGGGCUGGGGGUAAGGGGGAGAAGGGGUGGUAUUACUUCGGUCCUCGGUCGUCCAGCAAAGGGAAUAGGAGUUUAUUCUCUGCUGGACCGUCAUCCAUCAAAGGAUGGAAAGAAAAAUUCUUCUUUGUGGAUGACACCGAGUGGAGUAGGAGGGAUGCCGAAGUGGAACAGUUGUCUACUUGGAAAGCUAAGAAAACCAAGCAGAACAACUAUAAGUUAAAUGAGGGUGAGGUGGAGGAGGUAGAAAAGCUGGUGAGGGAAGAAGGAGACGUAGUGGAUAUCCUAUACCUCACCAGCUCGAAGGCAAUAGAGGCUGCUGAGCUCUAUGGGCCAAGCUUAUUAAGCGAAGAUGGACGAGUUCAUAAAUGCUGCUGGGGGGUUGCGCAUCCCAAAGAAGCCAAGGAAGAACCAAGGCCAGAGCCUGUGAUGGGGGGUAGUGAGGAGGUCCAGAGAAAGAAGCGGAAGGUGGCGGAACUGGAGGUUAGAAGGGAUGAGCUGGUUGAGUUCGUGCCUCGGCCUUCUCCCCUAGAAGUUGAUGUUGAAUUCAGAGAGAGGGAAGAGACCGUGGUGCGAGGUUCUAGCAAAGGCAAGGAGCUCAUCCCUCCUCAGUCAUACCAAAAGAGUUUGUUUGAGGCAACAAACACUAUUGGAGCGAAACGGUUCCUCAACGUGACGUUGCCUGAGGUGGAUAGGAGGCAGGCGAAGCAAGAGGCGGUGAGCCAGCUAGGGGCUACCGUUGUGAGGCAUGCCCUGGAGAGUGCAAGCUGGACAAACGCUCUAGCGCAAGAGUACGCGGAGAGCGUGAGAGAUCAUGCCAGCUUGCAGAGCACAAAACUCGUUCUUGAAAAACGUAAGAGGAAGAUCUAUAAAGAGAAGCUCGAAGCUCAAGACAAAUAUAUUGACAACAUGAGGAAAGGAGUGACGGAGCUGAAAAAGAACGUGAAUCUGCUGGUUCACAACGGAAUGGAGGAGCACAUUGGCAACUUCCUAAACUUUAGUGUCUUCAAGAACAUCAUCAACCUGUACCGACUACCAACCGUAAUCGUGGCCUUCACCAACUGUAGAAAGAAGCUGAGGUGGGAGCUUGACGUAGAGGGAUGCACUAUCUUCCCUCCUGCCUUUGAUGCUGAGUUGGUAGCAGUGGAGGAAGAAGGAGAAGAAGGAGAAGAAGAAGAAGAAGUGCAAGGUGUUGGAGUUGAGGAUCAGGUAGACCUGGCCAAAGUGCAGCCUCCGGAAGUACAUCCAAUCUCCUCUGAUGAAGUGCAGCAGCUGGCUCCUCCUGAAGCAGAAGUGCCACCCCUGCCUGUUGGAGAUGAGUCGCCUCAACCCCCUCUUCUUGCGGAGGAGCAGCCUCCUCCUCCAGCAGAGUAGCUUAGGUUUUUAUAUUCUUAGUUAUAUUUGAAAAUAACUUUUUUUGUAAGUGAGAUUUUAUUUAUAAAAUUUUUUAAGUUUAUUCUCAGUGUUCAGCUUUGGUUUCGAAUUGCUAGUUUAUUUUAAGUGAAUGACUUCGGAUAAAAUAAAGUAACUUUAUUUAA